CAUAGACAUAAUAUAAGGGUAGACGCCGCAUUGGCCGCUCCGGCGCAGGAAAUACGGCGGCCAUCUUAGAGCGGUAUACCCUCGUACUUUGCUGAACCAAAACAACAGAAGAUGCCUCAGUUCUGCUCGGCUUAUUCGUGUUUAAAUCUACGAACUGUUGAUGUCAGGGACCGGGGGAUAACUUUUCACAAGUUUCCAAAAGAUAAAGAGAGGAGGAAGAGGUGGGAAAUAGCUUUGAGGAGGGAUGGAUUCACUGCAAGUGAUUCAUCUGUACUAUGCAGUGAGCAUUUCAAAACGGAGGAUUUUGACAAAACAGGUCAGAUUGUCAGACUGAGAGCUGAUGUGAUACCAUCAAUUUUCAGCUUCCCAGUUCACCUUCAAAGAGUUGAAAACUACAGAACUACAAUAACCUCCACAAAAGCCCAAAGUAGUGAGUAUGUGGCCUCUCAAGAUGACCCAGAAACUUGUAGUUCAGACCUGCAACCUCAGUCUAAUGAUGAUCAUUGCUAUGCUUUGCCAGCUUCUCUUACCGCUGUCACUGCAAAACAUAAGAGAGCGUUGGCAAGAGUGGAAUAUCUGGAGCGGGACAAGAAAAACACCAUGGCCAGAGAGAAGAGGGCAAAGACCACAGCAAAGUCACUUUUGGGGGAAUUGAGUGAAAAAAAUCUCAUUACUGAAGAACUCAAAGAACGGCUUGAAUUCUACUCUGAUCUACAACUAGAGUUUAUGGAGAAAAAGGGCUAUGAAUACUCCAACGAAUAUAGAGAGUUUGCCCUCACACUUCAUCUCCAUGGCCCAAAGGCAUACAAAUACCUUAGAGAGAAGCGAAGAUUUCCCCUCCCACAUCCGCACACAUUACAAAGGUGGUUGUGUUCAGUAGAUGACAGGCCUGGCUUGAACAAGAUGAUGCUGGACAUGCUGGAGAGAAAAUGCCAGGAAGACCAUGCUAAAUAUGGAUUUGUUGCACUCAUUUUGGAUGCAAUGGCAAUCAGAAAACAUGUGCAAUAUAAUCUACAUACACAGUCACUGUCUGGCUUCGUGGACCUGGGGGAUGGAAACAAUGAGACUGAGGUUGCUACUGAGGCUCUUAUGUUUAUGGUGGUUGGCCUCCAAGGGCAUUGGAAGGCUCCCAUUGCGUACUACCUGACGGCGUCUCUGUCACCAGACACACAAAAGGUACUUGUCAGUCAUGCUUUAGAGGAGCUGCAUGCUCGAGGAAUUCGGGUGCUAUGUAUAACAAUGGAUGGGCAUGCUACCAACAUCAGCAUGUGUAACCAACUUGGGUGUGAACUGAAGGGAAACCCACAAGAACCCCUGAAAACCAAUUUCCCACAUCCAGUUACUGGAGAGAAAGUAUUUGUAAUGAUGGAUCCAUGCCACAUGCUGAAGUUGACACGUAAUAUGUUGCAGGCUUAUAGCCCAAUAGCAACAACCACUGGACACAUCAACUGGAGGUACAUAAAUCAUCUCAAUGAUGUGCAGAAACAACAUGGACUACAUGCUGCCAAUAAAAUUUCGGACAAGCAUGUGUACUUUGAGAACCACAAGAUGAGAGUGUCCCUGGCUGCACAAACACUGAGUCGCUCCGUGUCAGUGGCCCUCCGCACUAUGAGAGAUCUUGGGUACUCUCUGUUUAAAGAUUGUGAGGCCACAGCAGCAUUUAUUGAGAUGAUUGACAGGAUGUUUGAUACAAUGAAUGCACGCAAUCCUCUUGCUAAAGGAUUCAAAGCUCCCAUGGGAUCUUGGAAUUGGAUGGAAAGAAAAGCAUUUUUGUCAAGAGCCCGGGAGUACUUGCUCACUUUGUUGACGAAAGAUGGAACACCCCUUCACCGAUCUAAGAGUGUAUUUCAGAUCCCCGAUGCUUCUUGGUACCUCUCUGUCAUUGGAUUUGUCAUCAACAUUGACACGUUACUGCUGAUGAUUCCUGAACUGCUCCAAGUGCAGCGGUAUGUCCUCACAUACAGGUUCAGCCAAGAUCACUUGGAGCUCCUGUUUAAUUCCAUCAGAGCGUCAGGUGGCUGGAAUAACAACCCAUCAGCAUGCCAGUUCCAGGCCAUCUUCCGCCGGCUGAUGGUUCGGUGUGGGGUUACACCCAGUGAGACUGGCAAUGUGGCAGCACAAGACAACACCGUGUCCCUGUCUGCUGUUGAAAUGUCCUCUCCUGAAUCUAAUGAAGAGCAUCCCUGUCCUUUUGCUAGGAUUUCAGCCAUUCUGGACGACCACAGCUAUCUUCCGACCAAGUUUGGUGGUCUGGUAGAAAAUGCCUUGGUUUACAUAUCUGGAUUUGUUGUGAGGCAGAUUCUGCGUAAACUAACCUGUGACCCAUGUCGAGUCAGUUUGAUUCAAGAUGCCACACCGUCUUCAUUUGAUGAGAACUACCAUCUUCUCACUUUGAAAAAUAAUGGCGGGUUAGUGAUUCCCUCACAAGGCGUAGUGAAGGUGGUGAGAGCUGCAGAGAGGGUGAUUCGUGGUGCUUCACCAAACCAUCCUCCUAAGCUGUCCGCCGUCACAUACAUAGUCCGUGAAGACAUUGGAACAGAAGAUGUUUUCCAGCUUGGGGAACACACUCAGGAGACACAAUUUGGCAUUGACAAUCACCAUUCUGACUUGCUGUCAUUGGUUGUGUCUGUGUUUCUGAAGAUAAGGAUGCACCACAUUGCAAAAGUCACAUGUCUUGGUUUGCAGAAAGGCAACACCAGAAAAAAGCUCUGCAAAACUGUCCUAUUUCAAGGCUAUUAGAUUGUGUAAAAAUGUAAUGAAUAUGUAAAUAUUGUUGUCACAACAGAUAAGUAUGUGUUUGUGUGUGUAUGUAU